GUGUUUCUCGGCUUGCCGCGACUGCAUUCCAGCUCCGUUGACUUCCACCAAUAUGCCACAGAUUGAAGAAACCCAACAAAAUGUCCCCACGAUAGGAACUCAGGAACAGCCUCCGACUCCCAGUCGACCGUCCUCGUACUCUUUUGACGCUGCCUCUUUGCGGCAGCGCAAUGCGCCUUUGCGGGAAGCAGUCGGAUCGUCCACCAUGUCGGCCACUGCCAGCACGGCGUCACCGAGUGAAAGCGACAGAGAUGACGAGGGAAAUGAAUUUGAGUGUAACAUAUGUCUGGAAAUGGCGUCGAACCCCAUCGUCACUCUCUGCGGCCAUUUGUUCUGUUGGCCAUGCUUACAUAGAUGGAUGCAGUCACGGUCACCCUCAGCCAAUGCCUGUCCGGUUUGUAAGGCGAAGGUCGAAAGAAGCAAAUUGGUUCCCAUAUAUGCACGGGGCAGGCAAUCAAAAGACCCAAGGGAGGAGGUUAUUCCUGAGCGUCCCACUGCGCAGCGACCUGAGGCGGCACCAUCGCAGGCGAAUCGCGGUUGGGAUAACUUCUUCUUCCCCGGAGGCACAAUACCUACCGGCAACGGUAUAACGGUCGGCUUUGGCCUUUUUCCAUCCUUAUUUGGCCUUCACUAUACUUUUGGGGUCCCUGCGCACUUGGGCUCUCGUGACCGGCAGGCGCAAGUCGCCCAACAACAGGCCUUUCUCUCUCGGAUUUGCAUGAUGGUGGGGAUUCUGGUGAUGAUUGCGAUUCUAUUAUACUAGUAAAUAAAAACGCACUUUGCAUUUGGAAAGUGGCAAGACGGUACGGGCUCUUACUUGGUCUUUUCACGUGUCCGGCAUUCCCUCAAGUCCUGGAUUCAUCCAAUAUAACGGACGAUUACUUGUCCCAGUGCGCGGCAAAAGCCAUAGCCAGGAAGUCAUGCGAAUGGCGUUCCGUUGGACGAGAUGAAGACCAAACGAUGAACCUCUCGAUCAAUGUCGAUUCACGGACGUCAUAAAAACUGGUUUAUGAAUUGCAAAAAUUGCUGCAGUCUCAUUUUGUCGUAUUACAUAGGAUUUCUUAAAUAUUGCAGGGACCCUGAUUUCUUCGCUCAUUGCCCAUUUUGUCAAUGAAAGCUGCUUGUCCUCGAUGUAUCGAGCUCAUUAGGUAGAAACGAAAACAUAGAAGUUUAAUCCAUAAUAUUAGAAAAGCGUAGCAGCCUCUGAAGAUGCCAAGUGCACAGAACUACUAUGCGCCUGUGUCCUUAUGUGCACGCAACAAAUAUUCGGAUGAUUCGGGAAUAUAGCAG